GUCAUUUUGAAAUUUGAUUGAUGAUCAAUCAAAAUCACAGAUCAAAAUAAAAACAAUUCGCUUCUGAAGAAUUAUUGUAAAAGUGUUUUGAAUAUUUAUUCAUUGAAAACUCCUAGCCCAACAUGUUAUUAAUAUCAAGAUUAAUGCAUAUUACUACCAGGAAGCAACUCUGUAAAGCGCAUACAAGUUCUCUAGUAAUGUUCCAAUAUGCCCAGAAGUCAAAUAUAGGGAUGGAUGACAACCCAAAACCAGGAGAAUCUAAGAGAAUGGCAGAAUUUCGAAAAAAAUUAAGGGAAACUACCCCUAUUGAUGAUCUAGGUGAUCAACCCCUUAAUCACCCUGAAGUUAAGGAUGAUCCCUUGCCAGCCUGGCCCGAUAACACAAACCCUCACACAGGCGAAGUUGGAGGCCCACGUGGACCUGAGCCAACAAGAUAUGGAGAUUGGGAAAGAAAAGGGAGAGUGACAGAUUUUUAAACUACAUAUUAUAAUAGAGGUUUUAUUGACACACAUCUCAAAUUCUAGUCUUGCUUAUAAUAUUAUUAGUUCAAUGUGCAUUCUAGUUAACAAAAAGUUAAUGUCAUCUCUGUUUUCUUAGGAGGUUGUGGUUUUAAAAUGUUCUGUGUAUGAGGCCCUAACAUUCCAGGCAAAUCAGACAGGUAAAUUACUGUGUAAGUUUUGGACUCAUUCUUAGUGACUUUUUAAAUUGACAUAAUUUAUUUAUUUAAACUUUUAAAACCUAUAAACAGUAUUCCUGCAGCUACAAUCAGCAGAUUAUGCGUAAAGAGUUGCUAGGCUACUAAGAACUAUUGUAGAAAUAAGUGUUGAAUAAACAUGAUGCGUUUA